AUGACGAGCAGUAGUAUUAGUGGUAAUGAUAAUCGGCGGCGGCGGCCGCCGCCUUCGCCGCCGAAGCUUCCGCUCCUCGGAAACCUCCACCAAAUCGGCAACUACCCGCACCGGACCUUCGUCCGGCUGGCGGAGCGGUACGGAUCCCCUCUCCUGCUGUUCCACUUCGGCAGCCGGCCGGUGGUCGUGGUCACCACGUCGGAGGCGGCGCGUGAGGUGUUGAAGACCCACGACGUCGUCUCGGCGGGGAAGCCCGAGUUCGGAACCCUCAAGAAGCUUCUCUACGACGGCAAGGACGUCGCCACGUGUCCCUACGGCGAGUACUGGAGGCAGACCCGACGGCUCUGCGUGAUGCACCUCCUCAGCAACAGGAAGGUCCUGUCCUGCCGUGCAGCCAGGGAGGAAGAGGUUGGGUUGCUGGUCAAUCGGAUUAGAAAGGAUGUUGAAAGACGUGAGCCGGUGAACUUGAGCGAACUCCUUUCCUGCCUCGCCAACGACGUCAUUUGCCGGACAGCUUUCGGUCGGAAGUACAGCAUCGGCACUACCGCCGCCGCCGGCGGCCACCAUGGCGGCGCCACCAACUUCAGGGACCAGCUGGCGGAGUUCAUGGAGUUGCUGGGCGCUUUCAGCGUGGGCGACUUCAUCCCUAGCCUCUCGUGGGUGAACCGGCUGACCGGGUUCGAUGCCCGGGUCGACCGAGUUGCCAGUCAGUUUGAUGAGUUGCUUGAAGGAGCCGUGGAGGAAGGUUUGGCCCGUUUGGAGAAACAGACGAUCGAUGUGGAAGGCGGCGACGACGACGACAGCCAAGCACCCUUCAUCGACGUCUUGCUCCGUCUGCAAAAGGACAGCUCGGAAGCGUUCCGCCUUGAUAGAGAGGGCAUCAAAGCUGUGAUCUUGGACCUGUUCGUGGGAGGAACAGACACGACAUCGACGCUUCUCGAAUGGACAAUGUCUGAGCUGAUAAAGCAUCCUAGGGUGAUGAAGAAGCUGCAGGAGGAGCUAAGAACCAAAAUCGGCCGCGAAAUCGAGACGGUCCACGAGGCCGAUUUGGUGGAAGAACUGGAGUACCUGAACCUCGUCAUCAGAGAGACGAUCCGCCUGCACCCUCCGAUCCCGUUGCUGGCUCCAAGACAGAUGACUCAGGACGCGACCAUAAUGGGUUACGACGUGCCAUCGGGGACCAUGAUCAUGACCAACGCCUGGGGGAUUGGAAGGGACGCCAAGGACUGGCCCGAGUCGCCGGAAGCAUUCUGGCCGGAGAGAUUUCUCGACGGUAAUAAUGUGGAUUUCAGGGGCCAGGAUUACCAGUUGAUCCCGUUUGGCGCCGGAAGGAGAGGGUGUCCGGGGAUAUCUUUCGCCCUCGCGGUGGUGGAGCUCGCACUGGCGAAUCUGGUGAGGAACUUCGAUUGGGAGCUUCCCGGCGGAGUUCGCGGGGAGGAUCUGGAUAUGACCGAGUGUGUUGGUCUCACAAUGCACCGCCAGCUCCCUCUUCUUGCUAUUCCCAACCGUUAUAUCGCUGUUGAUUGA